UUUAAGACCACAUAUUUUGUCAGUUACUAGUAUCUUUGCAUUUAUGUCUCUCAGCGACCAAUUUUUAAACAUGUUUCUAACUUUACCAAACGCUCGAGGCUUUGGUUCAGUCAGCGUCCAUUCCAUAAAAGUAAUCUAUAUGUUCGUUAAGGCUUGACUUGUUUAUGCUAUAGCAGUGGAAGGAAGCUAUUGGCUUAAUCAGAAUGGAUCCUGAGGUCUCUGUGCUGUUGCACUGCACCGCCUGGGGAGGACUCCUGGAACCACAAGUGCAGGUGGAGCUUUCUGCCAGGUUUAACCGUCAGACAGAGCCAGCACUGGAGAGUCACAUAGAGGAGGUGUGGACAGAGAGGGUGACCAUGGAGCCAUGGCUUUUCAAUGGGGCCAAAUUCAGGCUGCACUCUUUCAGUCUGGCCUCACCCCAGCCCUCCUGUCCACCUACACCCCAGCCUCCCUGCAUGAAUGGAGAAGGAGACAGAGAUGGAAGGCAAUGUAGCAUUCAGGAGGAAGAGGGCCAACACGAGACAAAGGGGAACGCGGACUCUGAAAGAGCAGUGCUCAGACACCAAAGAGAUCAAAUAGACAGAGUCAUAGGCGAACGACAGCAUAAUGACAAGGAUUUGAGUAGCUAUAAGCAGAGGGAAGGGAACCUCAGAGACACGCAAACCUCCACCCCAGGGUGCAGAGACCAACAUCCUGCUGUGGGAAGCAGUGCAGCAGAAGCUCAACCCUUCCCACAGAGCGAUGUGGGUGGGAAGGGUGAGGGUGCCACUCCCAUCCUGACCCUGAGGUUGGGCCUGACCUGCUAUAGGGACUUCCUGGGCACCAACUGGUCUCAGAGAGCAAGGAAGCUACGCCAGCGUGCGGAGGUGGAGUAUGGGGAUCCUCUGGCGCUAUUGGCCCAGCCGCUGGGGGUGGGUGGGGUCUUGUGUACAGCUGACAGACAGGUGGUGCUGAUCAGGAGGAGCCAGCAAGUGGCGGAGGCAAGGGGGCUGCUGGACAUCCCUGGGGGGCACCCAGAACCAAAGGCUGUGUUUGAAGGCCUCGAUGAGGAGGACAGGAUCAGGGUGGAGAUGCUGCAGUGGAGGGAGGAGGCUGUGGUCAGAGAGCUGUUCUCUUCUGUGUGCGCUGAGAUCAGAGACGAGGUAAAUGUUCCUCUGUGUUCUCUGGGUGAGCCGGUACUGAUGGGCAUCGCUCUGAAUCACACCAGUGCAGGCAGACCCAGUGCAGAGUUCUACAUCAGUUGUUCACUGACUUCCACAGAAGUUCGAGAGCUUUACUGGCAGGGGGGCAUUGAGGCCCAGGAGUCUACAGAUAUCGUGUUCUUGAGCCAAACAGAGGUGCUACGGCUAGACCAGAGCACCCCCCUGUGGUCAGAGUUGUGUCCUUCAGCCAAGGGUGCUGUUCUGCUCUAUCAACUAGUGCUGCCUAACCGAGAAGACAAAAGCAAUUGACUCCAACUCCAGCUACUGCACCGGAUAAAAUUUCCAGAUGAUGAAAUUAAUACAAUAGACAUUUUCUUCAACGAAAAAGCAGCGAUUUAAUGUUGUUGCUUUAAAGAGACAAUACUGUUGUAGAAAGUUUUAAGCCCCCCGCUAUGAAAAUGUCUGAGGAAACAUUCCCUGAAUAUAAAGUUCCAGCAGUAUUUCAGAAAAAGAUAACUCCAUACAAACGUUGCUUGAUGUUUGACACUUAGGCACCUGGUGGAGGCACAAUAUUUCCCAACUUUGCAUACAAAUGCUGUAAGAUAAUGUAAGAUAUAACCUGUAUAAUAAAUCUUUAUAAAACCA